AUGUUGAUCCCCAGCUGCGCCCCCGGGCAGACCCGCCGGCCGGCGCCGAAGGGAAGCAGCCGGAAGUCGUGCCCCUUGGCGUCGACAUCCUCCUCGGAGAACCUCUCCGGCCGGAAUACCAGAGGAUCCUUCCACACCGCAGGGUCCCGAGCGAUGGCCCAGACGUUGACCAGCACGUUGGAGCCCUUGGGAAUGUCGUAG